GUUCCUCAUAUUUAGUUUCAUUUUUGCACCCGUGAGCGGAUUACUAGUUCUGAAGACUUUGAAGUUCAGUGAGCUUUUGACGAAGGGAGGGUGAGACCUAGGGUAGCUGCUUCUGCUGUUUAACGUUUUCUGAGAUAUAAUAUAUAUAUAAAAGCAAAAUGACUCAGUGGUAUCAGCUGCAGCAGCUGGAGUCAAAGUAUCUGGAGCAAGUUGAUCAACUCUACGAUGACAGCUUUCCAAUGGAAAUUAGACAGUACCUAAGCCAGUGGAUUGAGAGCCAAGACUGGGAACUUGCAGCCACAAAUGAUUCCCUGGCCACCCUGCGGUUUCAUGACCUGCUUUCACAAUUAGAUGACCAAUACAGUCGCUUUACACUGGAGAACAACUUCCUGAUGCAGCACAAUAUCCGGAAAAUAAAACGCAAUCUCCAGGUUCACUUUCAGGAAGAUCCGAUCCAGAUGGCAAUGAUCAUUUGCAGCUGUCUGAAAGAAGAAGAGAAGACAUUAGACAUGGCCAAGAAAGCCGAUCAGGACAACAUUGGGAGCACACAGAAUACUGCAAUGGUGGAGAAACAGAAGGAACUGGAUUACAGCGUGCGAGAUAUAAAGAACAGAGUUCAGGAAACAGAACAGAGGAUUAAGUCACUUGAGGACCUGCAAGACGAACAUGACUUCAAAUACAAAACUCUGCAGAGCAGAGAGCACGAAUCAAGUGGCACAACCCCAAUUGAAAUCAGACGUGAAGAAAUCAUCAUCAGAAACAUGUUUAUAGAACUGAACAUGAAAAGAGAGGAUGUAGUGUCUAAAAUAGCAGAAGCCUUGAAUCUCACAGAACAGGUUCAGACUGCCCUGAUAACAGAGGAGCUUGUGGAGUGGAAACGUCGCCAGCAGAUUGCUUGCAUUGGAGGCCCUCCAAACGCAUGCCUGGAUCAGCUGCAGACUUGGUUUACAAUAGUGGCCGAGAGUCUGCAGCAGGUCCGACAGCAGUUAAAGAAGUUGGAGGAGCUGGAGCAGAAGUACACAUACGAGAACGACCCAAUCACGCGGAAGAAACAUUCCCUGGAGGACAGAGCACAGCUGCUGUUCCGCAGUCUACUUCAGAGUUCUUUUGUGGUGGAGAGGCAACCCUGCAUGCCAACUCACCCUCAGAGACCCCUGGUCUUGAAGACAGGGGUGCAGUUCACUGUGAAGCUGAGGCUCCUGGUUAAACUUCAUGAACUGAAUUAUCAGCUGCGUGUUAAAGGAUCAUUUGAUAAAGAUGUGAAUGAGAAGAGUACUGUGAAAGGAUUCAGAAAGUUUAACAUUCUGGGGACCAGUACAAAAGUAAUGAACAUGGAAGAGUCAACAAAUGGAAGUUUAGCUGCUGAGUUCAGACAUCUGCAACUGAAAGAGCAGAAAAACACAGGAAGCAGAACCAGCGAGGGUCCUCUCAUCGUGACUGAGGAGCUCCACUCUAUCAGCUUUGAGACACAGCUCUGCCAGCCUGGACUGGUAAUAGAUUUAGAGACAUCCUCUCUUCCUCUGGUGGUUAUCUCUAAUGUGAGCCAGCUUCCCAGUGGCUGGGCCUCCAUUCUGUGGUACAACAUGUUGACUAAUGAGCCCAAGAAUCUGUCCUUCUUCCUGACCCCCCCUGCUGCCAGAUGGAGCCAGCUGUCCGAGGUUCUGAGCUGGCAGUUCUCUUCAGUCACAAAACGAGGGCUCAACUCUGAGCAGCUCACCAUGCUGGGGGAGAAACUGCUGGGUCCUAAUGCCAGUAACCCUGAAGGCCUAAUUCCCUGGACCAAGUUUUGCAAGGUGGGUGAGAAUGUAAAUGAAAAAUCCUUCUGGUUAUGGAUUGAAGGGAUCCUGGAGCUCAUUAAAAGGCACCUUCUGGCACUGUGGAAUGAUGGAUGCAUCAUGGGGUUUGUUAGUAAGGAGAGGGAACGUGCUUUGCUGAAUAACAAACGUCCUGGCACGUUCCUACUGAGAUUCAGUGAAAGCAGCAGAGAGGGGGCCAUAACCUUCACGUGGGUGGAAAUGUCACACAAUGAUGAACCUCAGUUCCACGCAGUGGAGCCCUACACCAAGAAGGAGCUGUCGGCUGUGUCAUUCCCAGACAUAAUCCGAAAUUACAAAGUGAUGGCUGCUGAGAACAUCCCUGAAAACCCGCUCCGAUUCCUUCACCCUGAUAUUCCCAAGGAUAAUGCUUUUGGAAAAUACUACUCCAGACCAACAGAACCCUCAGAACCUAUGGAUGUGGAUAAUGAUAAAAGAAGUAAUGGCUACAUGCGAACUGAAUUAAUCUCUAUAUCAGAAGUCCACCCCUCCAGACUUCAAUCACCAGAAAACCUGUGCCCCAUGUCCCCAGACGAAUAUGGUGAACUUCAACGUUUUAUUAACCCUGCAGAAAUCAACACUGUGAUGUGUUCAACGUAUCCAAACUAAGUAUGGACAGUCAUGCAUCUGGACUUGAUAAAAUAUCAGUGUUCAAAUUCUGUACUACCAGUGGAUUCUCAAUUACCUCUAUACUCCUGUACUGUUUUCUGAAAACUUCUACUCCAAAUUACUUACCUUAAAUAUUUUAGCAAUGGUUACUUGGUCCGAGUAGGGGAAAAAAACUAGCCUAUUAGAAACAGUUGUGCCGGUCAGAAAUGCAUCCAGCUUGUGAUAUUGGAGAAAGAUGGAAAUUGAUUUUGAGUAUUACUUUGCUUGUGCUGUAGACGAUUGUAGGUAAAGGUCUAUUCAUAAAAUAUUUUGUAAGAAACUGUACCCCUUCCCCUUGAAACAGUAUUCUAUAUACAGAACACACAAAAUGUCCAGUCAAAAGAUAGAUAUGCAUGCAGUGUAUGUAUAGCAAAACAGGUACCAAAAGAAAAACAUUAAGUAUACAUUCAAAAUACAUCAAAAUGCAUCUGUUUGUACAGCACUUUACCCACAUUACUUGUUUUUUCAUGCCCCAUUUCAUAAAUGUUGUAAAUUAAAUGUGAAUAUCAACACUUAUUACUUUUAUCUGAAAUGGCUUAUUGCAUAUUGUACCUAUGUGCAUGUUACUGUUUACAAAAAAAAAAUCUUGUUUCAGGAAUUAAAUGAAUUGCAUUUUUGUUUCAAUUAAAUUUGACAAUCAACAUUUUUGAUGCAUGUGAAAGAAACCCAGAAGCUAUUUUUCUUUAUUGUGCCUUAAAGCAGUGCUUUAUUUAAAAUUCUUCAUCAAAAUAAACAUCUUUCAUUGCCUGCAACACUUACAGACUAAAUACACCGUCCGCUGUUCAGAUUGAAAAUAUGCUUAAAGGAAUAUAAAACAGCAAUUCAGUGCAUUCAGUUAGGGUCAGAAUUCUACCUACUCCUAUCUACCUAUUUGCACCUACUCCAAAAACACACAGGCUGUUGAACAACAUAAAAACUGAGACAGUGCAUCUGUAUCCUCAUUCAGAUCAAAUGUAAAUCCAUUAAAUAUCGUCGUGACUCCAGCUACUGAACUAAACGAGUAUACCAUGGAAUAGAAUUCCAGAACCUAAAGGGUUACUGUAAUUGCCAUAUAUUACUGAUACAUUAGGAAGAGUGCAGUGUUUACAUAUACAAGUACACACAUAUACACACAAUAUAUACAAUUUGCAGUCUUCCAUGUCCAGUAUAACAAUCACAGAUAACGUCAUCUCAUUAUAAAUAUGCACUCCAGUUUUGAACCAUUGACCCUGCUAUUGCAAACCACGUUUCCCAGACAUUGAAUUCUUUAGUUUUACUGUUUUCGAUGCAUCAAGUAAAUUACGCACACGAGGUGCAAUAUAAGCAAAAUAUAAUCAAGUUAUAUAUUUUCUCUCUCUCUCAUAUAUAUAUAUAUAUAUAUAUAUAU